AAUAAAUGAAGAUUCUUUUUUGAAAUAGUUAUUCGUUUUACUGGAAUGUUGAUUUUGUGUUUAAUAUUCCCAGAGUACCAAGGCAAUGCAAACAAUGAAAGACUUAACGUUUACCCCACCGGAUCGUCUGUGACAUUAGCUCAAGCUUGUAAUAAAACAACCUCAAUUCCAGCAGAAGAAUUUCACGUUCUCGUAAAGUCAACAAAUAUGGCAGACGUCAAACAAUGGCUGCCAACACCGUUGCUAGGCACAUUUGAGUACACAAAAGUAACGUCUGCUGGUGUUUCUUCCUGUGGUACAGGAUCUGUCUGGGACGUCUGCAAUAACCGAACGACUAUGACGUUCAACAUGACACAGUGCAAUUCAGUGGUCGCUUAUUCUCAGGGAGAAGUUUACGGCGUGACCUCUGUGACAAAGGGGUCAACUUACUACGCUUUGGUAUUGAAUCCAGGUACCGCUGAUGAUUCUACGUAUUUUCGAUUUACUUGUAUGGCUGUAACACAAUCAGGGAGCACUGUAACAGUGGUAGAGAAGAGCGGUAGUUGUGGACCUGGACAGAACACCACAAUGGCUGGAUCUGGAGGUUCCAAGUAUACCAUGACACCAUAUG